CGGCCCCCGCCGCCUCCGGCUUCGGCUCCCCGCGGUCUCCGGGUCCACGCGUCGUCCUCCCGCGCGCCCAUGGCCGGGAAGGUGCUGUCUCUGCUGCCGCCGCUGCUGCUGGCCGCCGCGGGCCUCGCCGGGCUCCUGCUGCUGUGCGUCCCCACCCGCGACGUCCGGGAGCCGCCCGCCCUCAAGUAUGGCAUCGUCCUGGACGCUGGCUCUUCACACACGUCCAUGUUUGUCUACAAGUGGCCGGCAGACAAGGAGAAUGACACAGGCAUCGUGGGCCAGCACAGCUCCUGCGACGUUCCAGGUGGGGGCAUCUCCAGCUAUGCAGACAACCCUCCUGGGGCCGGCCAGAGUCUGGUUGAAUGCCUUGAACAGGCACUUCGGGACGUGCCCAAAGACAGACAUGCGGGCACACCCCUCUACCUGGGAGCCACAGCGGGUAUGCGCCUACUCAACCUGACCAACCCAGAGGCCUCAGCCAGUGUGCUUGCGGCAGUGACGCGCAUGCUGACCCAGUACCCCUUUGACUUCCGUGGUGCCCACAUCCUCUCUGGCCAGGACGAGGGCGUGUUCGGCUGGGUGACUGCCAACUACCUGCUGGAGAACUUCAUCAAGUAUGGCUGGGUGGGCCGGUGGUUCCGGCCACGGAAGGGGACGCUGGGGGCCAUGGACCUGGGGGGUGCCUCCACCCAGAUCACCUUUGAGACGACCGGUCCAGUGGAGGACAGAGCCAACGAGGUCCAGCUGCGUCUCUACGGCCAGAACUACCAAGUCUACACCCACAGUUUCCUCUGCUACGGCCGCGACCAGGUCCUCCAGAGGCUGCUGGCCAGCGCCCUCCAGACCCACGGCUUCCACCCCUGCUGGCCGAAGGGCUUCUCCACCCAAGUGCUGCUUGGGGAUGUGUACCAGUCGCCCUGUACCGCGGCCCAGCAGCCCCAGGCCUUCAACAGCAGCGCCAGGGUCAGCCUGUCCGGGAGCAGUGACCCCCACCUCUGCCGAGAUCUGGUUUCUGGGCUCUUCAGCUUCUCCUCCUGCCCCUUCUCCCGAUGCUCUUUCAAUGGGGUCUUCCAGCCUCCGGUGGCUGGAAACUUUAUCGCCUUCUCUGCCUUCUUCUACACUGUGAACUUCUUGCGGACUUCGAUGGGGCUGCCUGUGGCCACUCUGCAGCAGCUGGAGGCAGCCUCGGUGAAUGUCUGCAACCAGACCUGGGCCCAGCUGCAGGCCCGAGUGCCAGGGCAGCGGGCCCACCUGGCCGACUACUGCGCCGGGGCCAUGUUCGUGCAGCAGCUGCUGAGUCGCGGCUACGGCUUCGACGAGCGCACCUUCGGCGGCGUGACCUUCCAGAAGAAGGCCGCGGACACGGCGGUGGGCUGGGCGCUGGGCUACAUGCUGAACCUGACCAACCUGAUCCCCGCCGACCCCCCGGGGCUGCGCAAGGGCACGGACUUCAGCUCCUGGGUCGUCCUCCUGCUGAUCUUCGCCUCCGCGCUCCUGGCUUCGCUUGUCCUGCUGCUGCGGCAGGUGCACUCCGCUAAGCUGCCGAGCACCAUUUAGCGGCCCGCGGGGGCAGCUGCCCCAUCCCUCUCCUGUAUCCCCACCCCGUACCCCCACCCCUCCAGCCCCUGU